GUUGUGGCCGUAUUAUUCAAGCUUUCUGCCCUUGCCAGUGACUCGAACAAAUACUUACCUGUAAGGCGUUUUCGCUCUAACGCUGCGUCAAAAAUCUGCAGCACUGCACUUGACUUAGGAGUCGAUUUGCCAUUCUGAUUCGAGGGUCAUUUUCAAAAAUGAAGGAUAAAACAACUUUGAAUCAGGUUGAUGUUGCAUUUUUGCGAGCUGCAAGAGCUGGAAACCUUGAGAAGGUUCGAAACUUUUUGAAUGAGGAAGGAGAUAUACACACAUGCAAUGCUAAUGGCCUGAAUGCUCUACAUUUGUCAUCAAAGGAGGGCCAUGUUGAGGUUGUUCAGGAGCUAUUAAAGCGAGGAGCAGGAGUGAACUUUACAACCAAGAAAGGCAACACAGCGUUGCACAUUGCUUCACUUGCAGGACAAAAACCAGCUGUAGAAGUCUUGUUAAAAUCAGGGGCUUCUGUGAACUCCAAAGCUCAGAAUGGCUUCACGCCGCUGUACAUGGCAGCGCAAGAAGGUCAUGUUGAUGUUGUAAGAACUCUUCUUCUUGAAGGAGCAAACCAGCAGUGCACAACUGAGGAUGGUUUUACUGCAAUUGAUGUGGCUGUCCAGCAGGGACAUGAGAAAGUUGUUGCUGCCCUUCUCCAUAAUGACUCUAGAAAAGGCUACCGUUCCCUUCAUACUGCAGCAAGGAAGGACUUUGCUAAGGCUGCUAAACUUUUGCUUCAGAAAGAUCACAAACCUGAUGUUGAAGCUCCAAAUGGAUUUACACCCCUUCAUAUUGCUGCCAAGUAUGGAAAUCAAAAUGUGGCAGGGGUUUUAGUUCAACAUGGUGCCUCUAUUGACUACAAAACGAAGAAUUAUGUUAUUGCUCCUCUUCAUGUGGCGUCAAAAUAUGGAAACCUCAAUAUUGUUACACUGCUGGUUGAAAAAGGGGCCAAAGUCGACAUUCCUAACAAGGAUGGCCUUACUCCUCUUCAUUGUGCAGCAAGGGAUGGACAUGACAAAGUUGUAGAAUAUCUUGUAAAUAAAAAGGCGUCCAUAACAGCCAGAACUAAGCAUGGACUUACUCCUCUGCACAUGUCUUGCCAAGGAAAUCAUGUCAGCACAUCUGGACUUCUAAUUGAUAACAAGGCUCCAGUAAAUGCUGUCGCUACGAAUGGCCUGACACCUCUCCAUAUCGCGGCGCAUUACGGUCAUGUAGACAUCGCUGAGUUAUUGCUGAAUCGCAGUGCUGACACUGAUGCAAGAGCUAGGAAUGGAUUUACUCCUCUUCAUGUGGCAUGCAAGAAGAAUCGUGAACAGGUUAUUCAGUUGCUGUUGAAGUACGGUGCAAAUGUCCACUCUGCUAAUGAGGGUGGCCAAACUCCCAUGCACGUGGCAACAUACUAUGGAAAUGUAACUUUAGUUCUCAUCCUUCUGCAACAUGGGGGUUCUCCUGAUAUUACCAAUGUGAGAGGUGAAACUGCCCUCCAUAUUGCCUGCCGCAGACGAGAGAUAACAAUUGUGAGGCUUCUAUUGAGGAAUGGUGCAUCAGUUGAUGCCAAGACCCAGGACCGUGAAACUCCAUUACACAUCGCUGUUAGAACAAAGAAUGUUGAGAUGGUCAAUCUUCUUCUGGAUCAUGGGGCUUCUCCAGAUGCCAUAGAUAAGAACAAGUGCACACCUUUGCACAUUGCGGCCAGGGAUGGAAAUGAGGAACUUGUUCAGAUUCUUUUGGAGCAUAAUGCUUCAGUAACUGAGCUGUCCAAGAAAGGAUUUACUCCUCUUCAUGAAGCUGCCAGAAAUGGCCAUGUUAGAAUUGUGGAAAUCCUACUAAAGAGCUAUGACAGCCCUGACCCAGAAGGAAAGCAUGGACUCACACCUCUACAUGUAGCAACUCACUACAACCACGAUAAAGUUGCCACUUUCCUUUUGGAUAACAAUGCCAAUCCUAACGCCAUGGCAAAGAAUGGAUUUACUCCUCUGCAUAUUGGAGCCAAGAAAAAUAGAAUAGACAUCGUUCUGAUACUGUUGAGACGUGGAAUGGACCCUAAUGUCGUAACACAGACUGGCAUCAGUCCGUUACAUUUAGCCGCCAAGGAAGGACAUGUGGAGCUGUGCGAACAUUUGGUGGAGAAUGGAGCGUCACCUGGCCUCACCACUAAUAAUGGACUCACUCCUCUGCAUCUGACAGCAAGAGAAAACAGGAUUGAUGUGGCGAAACUUCUGCUGAAGCACAAUGCGCCGAUAAACGCACAGACUGUGAGUGGUUUUACGCCGUUGCACAUCGCCUGUGUGUAUGGCCAUUUUGAGCUGGCCAGGCUGUUAAUUGAAGCAGGAGCGGAGAUUGAAAGCAAAACAAAGUAUGGUUACACAGCACUGCACCUGGCUGCACAGUAUGGCCACAAACUGAUUAUUGAGCUGCUUUUGGAACGUGGAGCCAAUCCGAACGCACUGACUAAUGAGGGUUACACAGCACUUUACAUCUCCCAGCGAGUUCAUCUGAGCACUUUUAUCACAGAAAGACUGUCUGAAGUUACGGUAGUCACGCAGACAAUUAGAUUAAGGCGAAGACCGGGACAAGAAGGAGAUGAAGCAGAUGGCGAAGAAGAAGAGGAACCUGAUAUCGUCUUUAGCGCAGAACCCGAAGAGCUGGAGGAAGAGGAAGUCCUCGAAGCUCUGGAGCUUGUUGAAGAAGAUCCAUCAAUUACUGAAGAAUCAAUCGACCGCUACAUGACAAUGGAAGACAUGGUAGAAGAUGAUCACCGCUCGCCAGGACUGGCGCACAGAGACUCCGGAAUUUUCAGCUCCUCUCGUUAUUCUGGAGCCUUCCUCGAGGGAACCCCGACCGGCUCCAGAGCGUCAGACUUAGAUCACUCUCGUUUAUCCGACUUUAACGUAUCGGAGAGCAUAACGACUUCGGAAAUGAUCGUGACAGAGUCGGAACUUCCCUCAAGUUUGGCGGACAUGGCCGAUGAUAAUGUACCGAAGUAUGAGCCCCUAGUAACGGGAGAUUUCCUAGUGAGUUUCUUGGUUGACGCGAAAGGAGGCAAAAUGGAGAGCUCUCAAACAGGACUGAAAAUCACUCUGCCGCCAAGAUCAUGCCAGAUGCCGACUAGAAUCACUUGCAAACAGCUACGACCGAACAAGCCUUCUCUGCUGCCCCCACUAAUGGAGGGUGAGGCAUUGGCCUGUCGCGUUCUGGAUGUGAAUCCAUCAGGUGUGAAGUUUCUUCAGCCGAUAUAUCUCGAGUUACCGCACUUCUCUGCGCUCAGGAACGGAGAGAGAGAACUAGUUGUACUGAGAACUCAAGACGGAGGAUGGAAUUGGGAUGAAGUGUGUGUUGAAGACAUGAAAGCCAUGGAUGGUUACAGCUCAGACAUGAACAUUCAUCAAGGCUUCUUGCCCAGCAAGAGAUAUGCGCGCAUUGAGACCCAGGACUUCCCGGAGAAGUUCUGCAUCAUGUCGAGACUGAAAAAAGAAAGCUUCGUCGUUGGUUCUCGAGGCGAAAUCCUUAAAUGUUCGGCCCAUCCCGAAGUACAAGUGAAGGUUCCUGAGGGGGCUGUGUCAAAUGGGACAAAGAUAACCUUGCAGGUUCAGCCAGCGGAUGAAUCCUUUAACGACUUCGAAGACUGGGUGGCUGUGAGCCCUGUGCUUACAAUAGAGCCACAGGACCUUAAGUUCUCCAAACCUGUGACAGUUAUUAUCCCCACCCCACUCUACAGCCCUGGUGGAGAGACUUUCGAUAUGCAGCCUUCUUUGAGGUUACUCACGUGUGAGCCACGGGAUAACAGGAAGUCUAUGUCCCAUGCCCCCACGUACCAGUGGUAUGACAUCACUGAUAACACGCCACUGACCGUGGUGAAGGAGUACGCUAGUUUUACAACAAGUCGCCCCGCAAGGUACUGGCUUGUAGAAACCCGUAACCCAGACAACGUGACGUCAGAUGCGCGCCUGUUGUACCGCAAGUUAACCGCUGUACCUUUCUUAGUAAAAAUUGUCGUAUUUGCCAAAGUUAACCCCGAAGGGACAGAAGCCCGUUUGAGAAUUUUCUGCAUUACGGAUGAUAACAUCGACAAAACACUUGAGCGCCAGACUGGUUUCGUGGAAGUGGCCCGCAGUCGUGAUGUGGAAGUUUGCGAGGGAAGACCAGUGCACGUCAGGUGUGUAGGAAAUUUGACUCCUGUUACCCGUGAGCCUCUACAAAUCACGUUUUCUCCUUUCCGUGAGAACCGCCUUGCUGUGACUGUGCGCGUGACCGACCCGUCCCAGCCCUUCACAUGUCGGCUGGCAUUCCUCAAAGAACCUCGUAAAGAUCGCCAAGGAAACGUGCGCACCAUCUGUAAUUUGAGCAUCGACUUAUCUGAGGAGAACUUGAAGAAAAGUGAUGCUGCGUGGCUUCCUGAUGAAUUGUUGGCAUUGAUCGGCAAAAAUGUUGGACCAGACUGGGUUGCACUUGGGCAGCAGUUAGGGUUGACAGAUUCAGAACUGCAAGAAAUUUCCGACAGAAAUUCUUCUUCGCCCAUCGAGUGCGCCACUGAUGUUAUGAAGACUUGGAGAGAUAAGGAAGACUCCGAAGCUAGCAUGGCGUCCCUCGAGAAAGCUCUGCGUGAUACGGGACGAAGUGAUAUCGCUGAUAACUUCAAACAACUUGCCUACAGCAGCUACUCCAAAGACCCUGUAGUUGUCGUGGAAACGCGCCAUUUUUCCCCAAGCAAAGUGUCUACACAGAGCUCGGCCCCAGGUAACCGCAGAAUUUCUGAGUUCCUGGACUCAGUGGGUGAAUCUGACGACAUGUUUGGCGGUGACGAGAUUGGCUCGCCUCGUCUGCAGCGCGCUUCAGUUGACGGGGAAGAGGUGUUCUCAGAAGUGAGAACCAUAACAGUGGAAAGUUCACCCGAGCCAAUUAUAGAAGAGUCUGUGAUUGUCGUAGAGAAACACAGAGUCGUGGACGAAGAUGGCAAUGUUAUCGAAGAAACCCAGAAAAUUAUUGAAGAUGGCAACGAAGUGACGGAAGACAGAGAAAAAUUGCUGCAGGAUUUUUUCGCGAAUGAUAAAGGUGUCCUAGAUUUCCUCACCAGCGACAAAGAUGGCACAGUUGAAAACGGAGCAGAAGAAACCGAAAUCUGAAGAGAUGAUUUAAUGAGUAACGGAGCAAGACGUGAAAUACAUUUACGUGAUAGGUUAUGAAUUAAUAAGGGACAGUGGUUUGGUAAAGACUUAAGAGUCAAAUGCACAGAUAAAAGAGGAAAAAUCUCCGCCUCUGGUGAUAAGAGUUCUUUCAGAUUUAAUAUUCAAAGCGCCUUGUUGUAAAGUUUUGUGUAUGAAAAAGGAAUUGUUGAGAAUUCAAAAUCUCGUUAGAGAGAGAUUUUUAAACUGCAGCCAUAAGCAAGAUAUUCCAGCUUGUGUUAAGUAGUUUUAAUUCAUUUCAUUCAUCAUGCGAAGCAUGUUUUACCAUCCUUUGAAUACGUUAAUUCUUAUCUCAGUCCUGAAUAUUUCAGCGUUUGCAGUUUUAAGUCGAUAAGACGUGGCUAGGUUUAAGAUAUUUUUAAGUUUUAAGACGUCGCAGUCUUCAUGUAGUGGACUGUCACGCAAUGAAGUGUUGCGUGACUCACCAGGCAUUUUUUUGCCAUAAUGGAGGAUCAUUUGGCUUUUUGUUUUCUUUGCGAUUUUAUCGUAGUUUUGAUUUUAUCCCUUUCUUUGUUCCUCGCAGAAAAACGUUAGUGUAACUUAGCAAGCAUAAGUUCUGUGAGGUGUGUCUGCUGUCUGAUUGUUUGCCUGCUGAAUUUGUAUUUGCUGUCAUCACAAACUGUUUCUAAAGAAUUUAGUUGGACGUAGACAGGGCUACCUCAAUUUAGAAAAUCUAGUAUGCUUCGUUAAACACAGUAAGUUUUCGGAAAAUUUCUAACUAUCGCCAUUAUCCGAUCAGAAACGUCCUCGGAAACUCUCUUGUAGACUUGGUUGCCACACGGCCUAUGAAAAGCAAAUAGUGAGUUUAGAUUGUGACUAGUUUUUGCCAAGCAAAUUUAAGGAUAUUUGAGGGGAAUCAUUUCGGAAGUUGUGAGGUUCUGGUUUCCCUGAGAACGUAGCGCUGUUAAGUGGAGAAUCUGCUCAAGAAAUAUGACAGAUUUGUUUAUAAUUUUGCUUAGGUUUUCCUAUUUUUCAGAUUAAACCAACAGCCGGAUAUGGCUCUUAGCUAAGAUAGCGUACAUAAAAUGGUAUUCAAAAUUUAGAAUACGAAAAUAAACUGUCUGUACUCUA